ACUCUCCCUAGGGUACACUCUACGUCCUUCUGACAAGAUGUCGGAGAAACUUCUUGAACCUUUCGAUAUUGUCAGAGUACUUAAGAAGAAAGAUGGAAAGAACAAUUCAAAGAGGAACACGAAGGAAGAAGACAACGGUGAGCUGUACGGAACAGUGGCACGUGUUUGGCAUCAUGAAUUCGAAACCUUACCGAUCGAAUCACUCGGAUUUGUGGAUCAAACAGGCGUUGGUAGAGCUUUAAUCAAAGGUGAAUACGGUGUCGAAGUCUUUCCGAUCAAAGAACGUAUCAUCGUAGAUGGUUCAUGUUUAGAACUUCUUGGUAGAGAUUUUGAGUUUGGAGAUCUUUGCAAGAUGGACGCAACGAGCAACAUUGGUGGUUCAAGCCCAAUCAGUGAAGGAAUGUCUGGUAUCGUCACAAAUGUGGAAACGGAGCUUGAACUUCGACAUGUGAUCACAGAUGAACUUGUCGGCAAAAGGAUUCCCGCAGAUAAGGUUAGACCGGCAGAAUACGUUUCAGUUGGAGAUAUUGUCUUGCACAAUAAUUGGGUUGGAGUAGUCAAAGACAAGUUUGACGAGGUCUUAUGUGAAACAGAUGAAGUCAAAGGUCUGAUCAGAUAUGGUACGCCUUCCAGCGUCGGCGGUUUUAAAUGUGGCUAUACGGAAAGGAUUGGUACAGAGGCAAGCGAGUCUGGGCCGGCAUUUUGUCGAUUUCGUUAUAAUCCAAGAUUCGUGGAAGCACGUCAAACAACGAUCUGUGUUGACUGGCUAGCCAAGAAUGGCAAGCUUACGCUUCAACAAUGUGCUCAAAGCCCAAUGCCCAAACCGAUUUGGACCGAAUUGGACGAAUUGAUCAUCUUAAAGACUUCUUUGAAGCCAAAAUAUGAAUUGGAUAGCCAAGUCAUCUUUGCUUCACAAUCAGCAGCAAAAGAGUACAAUUUCCAACCUUCACGUCAUGUACAACAUUCUCAUCUUGGUACACACAAGGCCCAGUGCAAUGUGAUGCGAGUCACAGCAAUGUACUCAAUGGUGACUGUAAUGUGGCAAGAUGGUCGUACAUCAAAGCAUCCGAGCAUCAAUUUGAUACCUCAAAUACUUGAUAUCGGCGAAAUGGAGCUCUGGAAAGGAUGUCACGUUCUCUAUACUUCUAUCGACGGGAAAGAUCGCGGAGCCGUUGUGGAAAGUGCAAAUGUUGCGGAAAGGACCGCAAAUUUAUAUUUGUAUAAUGAUGACGAACAAACCAAGGGAAAAGCCUCAACUGAAAAUGAUCCCAUUACAGCUUCAACCUUUGAAAUCAAAACUACACGUUCUCUCGCUUCUGGUCGCACUCUUCGUCGUGGUUCCGUGGUGAUGCUGACAGAUUCGGUUCAAGCUUAUGCACCUCCUCUUACCAACAUCAUCGGUAUAUCAUCGUAUGCGGAUGAGGAAUGGGGACGGCAUUUGAUUGAAGCAAGCAUUGGCGCCAUGAGUUCCAUUGGUUGUGAGAUGAUGUCUAAAAAGAAGCAAGGUGAAUUGAAUGUACAAAAGAAGCCGAGAACAGCAUCAGAUGCUCAUGAGAUUGAUUGGCUCGGAAUUGUGGUGGAUAUGCAACCAGAUGGCACGAUCAUCGUUCAAUUACCAGCAGGACGAAACAUCUCCGUAACGAUGGACAAGGUGUCCUUGUUAGUCAGUCUGACAGACGACGAUGACAGUGACAUAGGUGACUUAUCAGAUGAUGAUGAUGACGACGACGACGACUCUAUCAUGAUGGAUUUCCUUGAUGACAACAUUCCCUGGACGACUGAAGAUGGAGCUGCGGUCGAGAAUGCCAAUGCGGAUGAAUGGGAAGAUGACGAUCAAAUGGAUGACGAACCGGAAGUGGGAGGAAAGAAGACCGAUGCUGCCGAUGAAGAAUCUCUUGAUACUCCGGAAAAGGCAGCGGACUAUCGCAACAACAAGUCAGACGUGCCCAUAUUUGAGAUUUUAGAGCAGGCACCAAACGACCAUUUCUUCAAAAAAUCCAAUUUCGAAUCCACCAGUCACUCGAAAAUGUUCUUGUCUCAUUUACGCAAAGAGUAUCAGAUCCUACAAUCAAGCUUACCAGACACCAUCUUUGUCAAGGCGUACGAAGAUCGUGCGGAUCUGUUACGUGUUCUUAUUAUUGGCAGUAAAGGUACGCCUUAUGAAGAUGCGCCUAUCUUGAUCGACUUCUACCUAAAACCAUCGUAUCCGUUCGAACCGCCACGAGCUCACUUUCACAGCUGGACAGACGGUCAUGGUCGUUUAAGUCCGAACUUGUAUGAGGAAGGGAUGGUUUGUUUAAGCUUGCUCAACACUUGGACAGGAGAAGGUGUUGAGAAAUGGCAUCCAAACAAGAGCACAUUACUACAAGUCUUUAUCUCUAUUCAAGCCUUGGUGUUGGUAGCUGAGCCUUAUUUCACUGAAGCCGGAUUUGACCUGAAAGAACGCACAGACGAGGUCAAUCUCAGUAGUCGGCAAUACUCGGAAAGAGCGUAUAUUCUUGCUCGUCGAUCAAUCUGGCAUGCACUCAAGUUUCCCAUUCCAGGAUUAGAAAAAGACGUAAAGACGAUCUACAAUGAAAGCAAACUGCAAGAAAUUAAGCUGAACAUGCAAAAGUCAAUCACCGAUGAUCGAUUGACGAAGAACGUUGGAGCCAAUGGGAAGCAACUAGCUUCAUGGUGCGAUAAUGUCACAUUAUCCAAAGGUGGUCAAAUAUCUCUACAAAAGAUUCUUUCCGAAUUGGAAAAGUUGAAUGUUGUGUCCUGAGAGUGAAGAGCAAGUUUCAAGGUACCAAUCAUUAUUUCACUUAUAGCAUUUGUACAUAUACGAUUCAAGCUGUACAUAUACCCUUCAAGUUGUACAUAUACCCUCAUCAAUUAA